ACCUUGGUUACCACAAGUAAAUAUAUAAAUAAAGGCAAAGCAUGCAAUAUUUGAGAGAAUACGUAUGUUGUGUGAGUGUGCUGGAACAAUUUUACUUCUCAGAUCCACCACCACCUGUGAAGAAGAAGACUGGCUGUUUCAAAGUGAAUGAUUGCAAAUGCAUCAUGAAGGACGGCACAGGAGUGAUCAGCCUGAGGACUAUGGGAGAUGAAGAUGGCUUCUUGUUGCGCUUGAAACCCCUGCUCAGACAUAGCCUUGGGACAGAAAAUACUGAGGUCCUUUUCUCCUUCAGCUCUUGCCAACCUUUCACAGAACCAGAGGAUCUAGCUGGGACUGACUGCACUAACAUUGCGGCCUGCUUGAUAGUAAGGUUUAAGAUCUGGAACAACAGAUAUAUCACCCGUUAUGUAGACUAUGGAAGACAUGAGGGAAACGAGUUCCAUUAUAAUGACAGCAUGAAGACACUCUCAGUUUCAUACUUUGCCCUCUCUAACAACAAACAGCCCCAGACCAUAGUACACUACCACUGCAGUCCCAACCACACCACAUCCUUCGUCCAAGACUUCAGCAUGGACAUCCCCUUGCAGAUCUGGGUGGAGAGUGCCUGUGCCUGUCCAAACGCCUGCGCCAUCAGCGACCUGGGUCCUGGCACCAUCUUCCUCAUCAUCCUCUCCCUCAGCGCCGCCGCCUACUUGAUCUUGGGCUCCUGUGCUCUGAGGCCCUUCAGGACCAGCAGCAGCGGCGUGCAGAUCGCCCCUGAGGACAACACCUGGUGUAUGCUCUGUUACCUGUUCGCAGAGAGGAAGGGGGGAAAGCCGAGGAGGAGGUAUUACUCCUUCAGAGAGGACAAACUCUGAGCACUGGAACCUCUCUGUCUAGGAUCAUCCAAAAUGACUGUUUUUCAUACCAAAACUUUAGACUUAAUUUACCAUUUAAAAUGACUGAAAAUUACUUUCUUGCCUAUAUAGGAAUUCAGCAUGACCCAUAGAAGUGUGUGGUUACAUUUUAUUGUCUGAAGAGCACAGUGAGGAUCACAAAUGAUUCUAUGAUGUUACAAAUGAGUGGUCAUUAAAGAUGAAUUUGAUCAUACAUGAGAAAUUUAGUAAACUGUUAAAAUCAUUAGUUUAAAUUAAAAAGAUUACAGUGCAGGAGUUUGAAGUGUUCGUUAUAUGAAAUGUUUUAAGUAUAGGUAGAACUAAAGAGGGGACCAUCAUUGUAUGAAAACAUACAGACUUCCAUCCAUAGCAACACCUGUUAACACAGAACAUGAUAGAAAACUCCAUGUCUGUUUGAUUUAAAUUUACCAGGAAAACGUGUAACAUUUUGCAAAGAAAAUAAAAUCACCGUCCAACCCUCUAACUAGUGUUAAUUGUUACAUAAAUAUAACAGCAGAGACAUCAACCAGCCAGCUGGUUGACAACAUUCUCAUAAUUCCUAACGUUUAGAGACAUUUACCAGUGUUAAAUUCAUCUUGACCUGCAUGAAAGACUCAGACUGAGAGCACACAUACUUGCUUUAAGGCAACUAUCCCGUCUCCCCAGAUGAGCAAGCAAUGCAGUUGACCAACAUGGUGUUCAUCCACAAGGGGGCAUCAGAGCACUACAUUCUAGACCUUCCCUCAUCUACAACACAAGCUCUCAUACUCCUACACCAUGUAGCAAUAGUCACAGAUAACUUGGUGCCGUAGGGUCAUUCGCGGAACAUUUCAUUAAAUGACGAAAGAAUAAAGUUAGUUUCACAGACGAUAA